ACAAUGAAAAUGAACUAAUCACCUCUGGUGAAUAACUCCUUCCAUUUUCACCCAAAGUUUUGGCUCAUUCGUCCUUGAUUAUUGAAUUGAAUAUUUAAUUUCCCUCAUUCCCGUCCCUCGUUAUUUAUUGGCCCAGUGUUUCUCCCUCUCAACUUCAAUUGAAACUUCAAAUCGAAACCGAAAAAGUAGAUUACGUGAACCUUGAAAAAAAACGGUUAUUACGUCGUCUUCAUAGCUCAAACUCCCAAACACAGUUUACCUUUGCCUCUCAAACAUCGAUUUCGUCCUUUAAAACUCUGUGGAUCUGAAAAUCAGUGUGAAUUGAUUCUGAAAUCGAUAAUUUUGUGAUACAUUAUUAUAUAUUGUCGAAGAAGAAGAAGAAGAAAAAGAAAUGCGUAGCCGGGGAUCACAAAACCGGCUAAAUGGUAACUCAUUUGGAUCUCGAGUUUCUGCUCUCAUCUUUUCCAUGAUUGCUACCAUGGCCACUAUUUAUGUUGCCGGCCGACUAUGGCAGGAUGCAGAGAGUAGGGUGUAUUUAAUAGAACAGCUUGAAAAAAGAACUUCUCAGGGUCAAUCUGCCAUAUCUGUUGAUGAUACAUUGAAAAUCAUAACCUGCAGGGAACAACAAAAGAAGUUGUCUGCCCUAGAGAUGGAGUUAUCUGCAGCUAGAAAGGAAGGAUUUGUUCCAAAGCAACUGUCAGUGAACAAUGAGAAGCAACCUACAAAAAAGAUUCUUUCGGUUAUUGGAGUAAUGACAACCUUUGGUAGAAAAAAGAACAGAGAUGCAAUCCGUAAGGCAUGGAUGCCAACAGGUGCAUCUAUAAAAAAUCUUGCAGAACAGAAAGGCAUCAUUGUGAGAUUUGUAAUAGGAAGAAGUGCAAAUCGUGGAGACAGUUUGGACAAAGAGAUUGAAACAGAAAAUAGUCAGACCAAUGACUUCAUCAUUCUUGAUGAUCAAGUAGAGGCAGUUGAAGAGAGUGCAAAAAAGACAAAGUCGUUCUUCAUUUAUGCUGUGGACAACUGGGAUGCUGAGUUUUAUGCUAAGGUCAAUGAUGAUGUCUAUGUUAAUCUUGAUGCCUUUGGAGGAGUGAUAACUUCUCAUUUGGAAAAACCCCGUGUAUAUAUUGGUUGUAUGAAAUCGGGUGAAGUUUUCUCUGACCCGACACAUAAAUGGCAUGAGCCAGACUGGUGGAAAUUUGGUGAUGGAAAAUCGUACUUUCGACAUGCUUCAGGUGAGGUCUAUGCCAUUUCAAAAGCAUUGGCUCAGUUUAUUUCAAUAAAUAGAUUUAUUCUUCGUACAUAUGCACAUGAUGAUGUAAGCACCGGAUCAUGGUUUAUUGGGCUGGACGUGAUGCACAUUGAUGAAAAUAAGUUUUGCUGCUCAUCCUGGUCCACAGGGGCAAUUUGUGCAUCCGUAUGACAACUUGUCAGUUGUCACCAACAAUUUGAGUGAUAUAUGAAGGAUGUAUAGGAAACAGAAAACUGUUAUUUGGACCAUCGUCGUUUUUGCUUCAGGUGAUUUUCCUCCCCCAUACAACUUUAGAGCCAGACGUUAUUCUUCAAGUUGAAGACCAGAAACUGUUUGUUAUGAGCUCUGCCUUUGUGACAAUAGAUAGUUAGAUACUCACAUACAUACUUUUUGGGAUUGUUCAAAGAUUUUGAGAAACUGACACCGUGUUUGUCUGAUAGAACUGAUCCUUCCCCCAUUGAAUCAUGUAAUAUAAAUUGCUCUCGGCCAUUAAACUAACAUUUUCCCCAUGAGAUUAUUAAAGUAUUUGUUAGAAUAACUUCAAAAAAAUUACUACUAGAGUUGAGAUUUCUGUUGUGAAA